UGGACUCGCGGCAAGCGGACGGGGUCGAGUCAGUGCGUUCGCGCGAGUUGGAAUCGAAGCCUUUUAAAAUGGCAGAUGAUUUGGACUUCGAGACAGGAGAUGCAGGGGCCUCAGCCACCUUCCCAAUGCAGUGCUCAGCAUUACGGAAGAAUGGUUUUGUGGUGCUCAAAGGCCGGCCAUGUAAGAUUGUCGAAAUGUCUACUUCCAAGACUGGCAAGCAUGGCCAUGCAAAGGUCCACCUGGUUGGCAUUGACAUCUUUACUGGGAAGAAAUACGAAGAUAUCUGCCCCUCAACUCAUAAUAUGGAUGUUCCCAACAUCAAAAGAAAUGACUUCCAGCUGAUUGGCAUCCAGGAUGGCUACCUAUCACUGCUCCAGGACAGUGGGGAGGUGCAGGAGGACCUACGUCUUCCUGACGGAGACCUUGGCAAGGAGAUUGAGCAGAAGUAUGACUGUGGAGAAGAGAUCUUGAUCACAGUGCUGUCUGCCAUGACAGAGGAGGCAGCUGUUGCAAUCAAGGCCAUGGCAAAAUAACUGGCUCCCAGGGUAGCAGUGGCAGCAGCAGUGAUCCUGGAGCCUGCAGAGGCCCCUCCCCCCAGCCUGGCCCAGCUCUGGCCUGGCCCUUGGCUGGACUCCUACAUGAUUUAUUUGAUGUUUUAUUU